AUGGUAUCUAAAAAAUUACUUAUAGUUGAUCCAGUAUUUAAAGACCUUAUUUUAAAUGAAAUAUCUGAUAUUAGAUCAUUACAUAUAAAAGCAUACGAACAACGUAACCUACCAUUUGCUCAACAAGAUGAAGAUUUAGAAAAAAAAUCUGAGGAAGAUUUAACAGAAUUUUUAUUUUCUAAUAAUGAAAUAGGUCUCAAUCACGACAUAUCAUUUCAUAUUGAUCGGUACGUCGAAAAAAUUGGUCAAGCAUAUGAAAUUAAGGAUGAAGAAGAUUUAAAUAGAUUAUUGAAUACUUUGAUCAAUAAAAUCAAAAGUUUGUUACCAUCACCAUCACCUAAUAUGAAUCCACCAAUGCCACCUAAUUUUUAUGGACGUGGAGUACAAUUAGGUGAAGUACAAUUAACAACACAAAUGAAUUAUAAUGAAGAUGCUUUAAAAUUGUCAAAUUCAUCAAUUGAUCAAAGAUCAAAAGAACUAAUAACUAAUCCAGGUCUUGAACAUAUAUCUCAACCAAUUUCAUCGAAUUUAACAACACCACAUGAUCCAUAUGAUCCUAGUCAUUUACCUCCAUUAAAUUAUUCAAUGCAUUCAAAUGCAAUGAUUAGUUCAAAUUUUGCUGGUCCAUCACAUGCAUUAGAAGAUUUAGUAUUUCCACCACCUCGUCAUCAACAACAAAGUAUUCGUUUUCCAUCUAUGAUGAACAAUAAUCUUAGCAAUGAACCACCACAUCAUUAUUCUUAUAUGAAUCCUCAUAAUGUUAACGUGGAUGAUCAUCGAUUACCUGGUCAUCAACAACAAAAUAUUCAUUCUCCAUCUAUGAUGAACAACAAUCUUAGCAUUGAACCACCACGUCAUUAUUCUCGUACGUAUCCUCGUCCAGUGCACGUGGAUGAUCAUCGACAACGUCCAAUACCACAACCAAUUUAUUAUACAUCUAGUCCAUUAACAAUAUCAAGCCAAUCAUCAUAUGGUGAACGUUUAGAUCUUAUUGGACCGCCAAGUCAAAUACAAACAGGUACAAUUGAUCAUGAUGCAUCAUCUACAAUUGAUCAUGAUGCAUCAUCUACAAUUGAUCAUGAUGCAUCAUCUACAACUGUUCCUGCUUCUCAACUGUCACCAAGAUCAUCAAAUAGUCCAACAUUUCGCGCAAUACUAGAGGAAUGUAAAAUACCACCAUCAAAUGUUAAUGCCAACAAUAAACAAUCACAACCUUAA